AUGGAUGGUAGGGCUGAGCCCCGCCAGGAGGGCCGGCUGCGGGCCCGGCCAACGCUAGGUGGCGCCCGAGGGCCGGAUCUGCCCUGCUCCCUGAAGUCCUGGGGGCGCUGGGGAUCCUGGGGGUCCCGCUGCGCUGCUGGGCAGCGGAGCUUCGCCCCUUGUGCUGCCCGGUUCCUCGCCUCUUUCGAAGCACUAUCGGGAGAAUUACGUGCAAGAACUUCUCAAGACCUAGACCUUGCCCGACCCCUAGAGAAGAUGGACUAUUUUGGAUCAUUGUUUGACUUGGAAAAUGAUCUUCCCGAUGAGCUGAUCCCCAAUGGAGGAGAAUUAGGCCUUUUAAACAGUGGGAACCUUGUUCCAGAUGCUGCUUCCAAACAUAAACAACUGUCAGAGCUUCUGCGAGGAGGCAGCAGCUCUAGUAUCAACCCAGGAAUAGGAAAUGUGAGCGCCAGCAGCCCCGUGCAACAAGGCCUUGGAGGCCAGGCCCAGGGGCAGCCGAACAGUGCGAACAUGGCCAGUCUGGGUGCCAUGGGCAAGAGCCCUCUGAACCAGGGAGAUUCUUCAGCCCCUAGCCUGCCCAAACAGGCAGCCAGCACCUCUGGGCCCACUCCCCCUGCUUCCCAAGCACUGAAUCCUCAAGCACAAAAGCAAGUGGGGCUGGUGACCAGCAGCCCUGCCACGUCACAGACAGGACCUGGGAUCUGCAUGAAUGCUAAUUUUAACCAGACCCACCCAGGCCUCCUCAAUAGUAACUCUGGCCAUAGUUUAAUGAACCCGGCCCAGCAAGGGCAGGCGCAAGUCAUGAAUGGAUCUCUUGGGGCUGCUGGCAGAGGAAGGGGAGCUGGAAUGCCAUAUGCUACUCCGGCCAUGCAGGGGGCCGGGAGCAGCGUGCUGGCUGAGACAUUAACUCAAGUUUCACCGCAAAUGGCUGGUCAUGCAGGGCUGAACACAGCGCAAGCCGGAGGCAUGAGCAAGAUGGGAAUGACUGGUAACACAAGUCCAUUUGGACAACCCUUUAGUCAAACUGGAGGGCAGCAGAUGGGAGCCCCUGGAGUGAACCCUCAGCUGCCCAGCAAGCAGAGCAUGGUCAAUAGCUUGCCUCCCUUUGCUGCAGACAUCAAGAAUGCUUCAGUCACCAACGUGCCAAACAUGUCUCAGAUGCAAACAUCAGUGGGAAUUGGACCCACACAGGCAAUUGCAACGGGCCCUACUGCAGAUCCUGAAAAACGCAAACUGAUACAGCAGCAGCUGGUUCUACUGCUUCACGCUCAUAAAUGUCAGAGGCGAGAACAAGCAAAUGGAGAGGUUCGGGCCUGCUCUCUCCCACAUUGUCGAACCAUGAAAAAUGUUUUGAAUCACAUGACGCAUUGUCAGGCUGGGAAAGCCUGUCAAGUUGCCCAUUGUGCAUCUUCACGACAAAUCAUCUCUCAUUGGAAGAACUGCACACGACAUGACUGUCCUGUUUGCCUCCCUUUGAAAAAUGCCAGUGACAAGCGAAACCAACAAACCAUCCUGGGGUCUCCAGCUAGUGGAAUUCAAAACACAAUUGGUUCUGUUGGCACAGGCCAACAGAGUGCCACUUCUUUAAGUAACCCAAAUCCCAUAGACCCCAGCUCCAUGCAACGAGCGUAUGCUGCUCUUGGACUCCCCUACCUGAACCAGCCCCAGACGCAGCUGCAGCCUCAGGUUCCUGGCCAGCAACCAGCACAGCCUCAAACUCACCAGCAGAUGAGGACUCUCAACCCCCUGGGAAAUAACCCAAUGAACAUUCCAGCAGGAGGAAUAACAACAGAUCAGCAGCCACCAAACUUGAUUUCAGAAUCAGCUCUUCCAACUUCCCUUGGGGCCGCGAACCCACUGAUCAGUGACGGCUCAAACUCUGGAAACAUUGGAACCCUCAGCACUAUACCCACAGCAGCACCUCCUUCCAGCACUGGCGUUCGGAAAGGCUGGCACGAACAUGUCACUCAGGACCUGCGGAGCCAUCUAGUGCAUAAACUUGUCCAAGCCAUCUUCCCAACACCUGACCCUGCAGCCCUGAAGGAUCGCCGCAUGGAGAACCUGGUGGCCUACGCUAAGAAAGUGGAAGGGGACAUGUAUGAGUCUGCCAACAGCCGGGAUGAGUACUAUCACUUACUAGCAGAGAAAAUCUACAAGAUACAAAAAGAACUAGAAGAAAAACGGAGAUCGCGUUUACAUAAACAAGGCAUCUUGGGUAACCAGCCAGCCUUACCAGCCCCUGGGACACAGCCUCCUGGGAUACCACAGGCACAGCCUGUGAGACCUCCAAAUGGGCCCAUGCCUCUGCCAGUGAAUCGCAUGCAGGUUUCUCAAGGGAUGAAUUCAUUUAACCCAAUAUCCUUGGGGAAUGUACAGUUGCCACAAGCUCCCAUGGGACCUCGCGCAUCAUCCCCCAUGAACCACUCUGUCCCGAUGAACAGCAUGGGCUCCGUUCCAGGGAUGGCCAUUUCUCCUUCCCGAAUGCCUCAGCCUCCGAACCUGAUGGGUACACACACCAACAACAUGAUGGCCCAGGCACCUACCCAGAACCAGUUCCUGCCACAGAACCAGUUCCCAUCCUCCAGCGGGGCGCUGAACGUGAACAGCGUGGGCAUGGGGCAGCCAGCGGCCCAGGCCAGUGUGUCACAGGGACAGGUGCCUGGUGCUGCUCUUCCUAACCCUCUGAACAUGCUUGGGCCCCAGGCCAGCCAGCUGCCUUGCCCACCAGUGACACAGUCACCGUUACACCAGACUACACCUCCUGCUUCCACGGCCGCAGGCAUGCCAUCUCUUCAGCAUCCGGCGGCACCUGGGAUGACUCCUCCCCAGCCAGCAGCUCCCACCCAGCCAUCAACUCCUGUGUCGUCUUCCGGGCAGACUCCCACCCCGACUCCCGGCUCAGUGCCCAGUGCCAGCCAAACCCAGAGCACCCCUACAGUCCAGGCGGCAGCCCAGGCCCAGGUGACCCCACAGCCUCAGACCCCAGUCCAGCCUCCGUCCGUGGCCACCCCUCAGUCGUCACAGCAGCAGCCGACACCUGUACACACCCAGCCUCCUGGCACACCGCUUUCCCAGGCAGCAGCCAGCAUUGAUAACAGGGUCCCCACUCCAUCCUCAGUGGCCAGCGCCGAAACCAACUCCCAGCAGCCAGGACCCGAUGUACCAAUGCUGGAAAUGAAGGCUGAGGUCAAGACCGAGGACACCGAGCCUGAUGUCAGUGAACCCAAGGCAGAGCCUGGGGCUGCGAUGAUGGAGGAGGACUUACAAGGAUCUUCUCAAGUUAAAGAAGAAACAGACACAACAGAGCAGAAGUCGGAACCAAUGGAAGUGGAUGAAAAGAAACCUGAAGUGAAAGUUGAAGCUAAAGAGGAAGAAGAGAGUAGCACCAACGGGACAGCCUCUCAGUCCACUUCUCCUUCUCAGCCUCGCAAAAAAAUCUUUAAGCCGGAGGAGUUGCGCCAGGCUCUCAUGCCAACCCUAGAAGCGCUGUAUCGACAGGAUCCAGAGUCCCUACCUUUUCGACAGCCUGUAGAUCCCCAGCUCCUAGGAAUUCCAGAUUAUUUUGACAUUGUGAAGAAUCCCAUGGACCUUUCCACCAUCAAGCGGAAGCUGGAUACAGGGCAGUACCAGGAACCCUGGCAGUAUGUGGAUGACGUCUGGCUCAUGUUCAACAAUGCCUGGCUCUACAAUCGGAAGACAUCCCGGGUCUAUAAGUUCUGCAGUAAGCUCGCAGAGGUCUUUGAGCAAGAAAUUGACCCUGUUAUGCAAUCCCUUGGAUAUUGCUGUGGACGCAAGUAUGAGUUUUCCCCACAGACUUUGUGCUGCUACGGGAAGCAGCUGUGUACAAUUCCUCGCGAUGCUGCCUACUACAGCUAUCAGAAUAGGUAUCAUUUCUGUGAGAAGUGUUUCACAGAGAUCCAGGGGGAGAAUGUUACCCUGGGUGACGACCCUUCACAACCCCAGACGACAAUUUCAAAGGAUCAGUUUGAAAAGAAGAAAAAUGAUACCUUAGAUCCUGAACCUUUCGUUGAUUGCAAGGAGUGUGGCCGGAAGAUGCAUCAGAUUUGUGUUCUCCACUACGAUAUCAUUUGGCCUUCAGGCUUUGUGUGCGACAACUGCUUGAAGAAAACGGGCAGAACUCGUAAAGAAAACAAAUUCAGUGCUAAGAGUAAGUUGUGGAAGGGUUUUUGUAUUUUUUUGUCUUACCCUUGAAGAGAAUCAUUUGCCUUGAUCUUUAUAUGAAAGCUUUAUGAUCAGUCUAUGUUUUAGAUGAAAGUUUAGAAACUUUCAUCUAAAACACAUAUAGUAAACUUUGUGAAUUCUGAGAGAGAAAAUUUGUCAGCAGAUCCUUCUCAAGUAGCUUAGAAAUAACACACACACGUCCUGGGCAUGCUCAGCGCUGGGCACCUGCGGGGACGGCUGUUUGCCCAUCAUUAGGUGUGGGCCCCGCUGUUGUGAAGAGUGACCCUCUGGGGCCCUCGGAAUCAGCCAACAUCACCAGGACUGGCAGGAGCCUGGUCUGCACGAGGGUUGAUUGGGUGUGUCGCUGCCGCAUUGGGAGCGGAUGCUGGUGUCUGCGAGGAGCAGAGAGAGCGCUCUGUUGUUAUAGGAGUAACUUUUCGUAGGUAGUCUUCACUUUUUUAGAGAUGACACUUUUCAGAAGUGUACAGUGUGUCGUCUUUGUCAACUCGGCUGCUGCUGCUCUCACUUCUCUCCAGUAGGAUAGGCAACUAGCACACCGCUUAGGGCUCCCCAACAAGAGCCGGGCCACCUGAGGAGCUGGAGUAGAAGAGAGAUGGCAUGGAGGGAGAGGUCCGUGGGCAGGAGGGAAGGGUGGCAGGCAAGGAAGAAGCCCCUCUGAAGCCUUCCAAGUCAGCGUUAAUUCACGUUCAAACUGUGUCAUUACCAAAAUCCACAGUUAUCCUAUCACUUAAACUCACUCUUAUAAAAUCUUUUGAAAUAUUGAUGAAUUCACCAGCUAUUAUAAUAUUUCUCUUUAGAUCACGGUUUCUAUACUGACAUUUGGGCCAGAAAUGUCUUUGUUAUGGGGGCUGUCUUGUGCUUAAUUAGAAUUUUAGCAGCAGGCUGCUGCCCACUAAAUGCUGGAAACACUCCUCGCCCCACCCCCCCAUGAAUGGUGGCCGUCAGAAAUGUCUUCAUACAUUACCAGAUGUCCUGGGUUGGGGGCGUGCAGGUGAGAACCCCUACUUUAAAGGAUCCAUUCUGAGUGAUGUCACUAAAGCAGUCAGCUACUUAGAAUCAAUCUCCUAGGCCAGAGCUUUGGUGACCAAAACAGAAAUUGCCAGGAGAGCUAGGCUUCAGUAGAAGAGCAUUUGCGGCCAGAAGAGAGAGGGGUAGAGGUUGGGGGCGGGGGGUAGGAGAACCUGAGAGCUGGCCCAGCCCCCACCCUCCCCUAGUGUCCAGAGAAUGGUGGAGAGGGAUAUGUGGACCUUUGGCAAAUGAGCUUCAAAGAUGUAGAACCUUCACUUACAGAAAAGGACCUUAGAGGUGGUGUGUCUCCCCUUGGUUUUUGAUUUGAAUGUAUAUUAGCAUCAUCUCUGUAAGUGUCUGUCGGUCAUAAAAGACAGGUUGCCUCAUUUGCACUGACUUAGUGCAGUGGGCCCUCCGUGUCCAUGCAUGUGGGACCUGUGGGUACAGAGGGCCUUCUGUACUGCAUCCUUGGAUUUUGGUGUCUGAGGGCUUCCUGGAACCAGUCCCCUGUGGGUGUGGAGGGACGACUGCGUUGAAAAUAUCUUCCAGCUGCUGGUCAGAGAGUGAUACUAAACAACUGACUAUCCACCCAAAACCCACCUCCCCAUUAACGCCACAUGCACAACACAACUCGGGUGGCUUAAGGGGCGAAAAGUAACAACUACAAAUGCUUUGGAGGUCAGAGUAAGAGAGUGUUUUUACUGUGUUCAGUUAUGAAAAACCUUCCUAAAAAGGAUAGAGCCCAGAGGUCAGAAAGCAAAAGGCUGAAGGAUUUGAUCACAUAAAGGGAAAUAUAAGGCUCCCAUCAUGCACCAUGGCCAAAAAUAUACAUGGUCGGGUACAAUUUAAAAUGUCCAUUUUUAGACUCAGCAGUUCCACUUUGACGCACGUCUCCUACAAAGAUAUUUGCUCAUGUGUCUAAAGGCAUGUACAGGGCCGUCCGCUGCAGCAUGAUGGGCUGUGGGGAGUGGAAACGGGAACCUAAACCAAAGCACGUGGCCACCCUGUGGGAAGCCCAAGGCACCAUCACAGUGAGGGUGGCCUGGGCCCUGCUGUCUAGUAGGAGGGGCUGCUGCAGAAAUGCCCACCCUCGGUGCCUGAACUUGCUGGUCUGGAGGACACCUCCGCAUGACACCACAGCAUGAGAACAGCCCUUCUUUCCCCAGUACUGAGUCUCUGAGCGCAUGCUGGCUGCUCUCCAGGUUUAAACGGUGCCAUCCCAUGUGUAAAGCCCAUGGCUCUUCUCUCAGGGGACACAGCGGAGCACCUCUCCA